AUGUCUUCGACGCGCGCCCUCUACCGCAAUCUCCUCCGCGAGCUACCGCCGCUCACGCCCAAGCCCACAAGCCUGCACGCGCGCCUGCGACAGCGGUUCAACCGCAGCGCCGACAUGCCGAAGGAGCACGCCGAGCAGUUCCUCAAGUACCUGCAGUGCCAGCGCGUCUACGUCACGCUGCUGGAGCGCUACAAUCCGGGGCUGGCCGGAGACUUGGAUGUCGAGGAGCACACGCGGCUCACCGCUAGGAGGGUCGGGUUGAAUAUGCCGAAGACUUUCAAGGUUGGAGACGAGAAAAAGUAG